ACAGUGACACGCACACGCCACAACCAACAUGAUUCGCAACAUUGCUUUGACCCUGGCCGUAGUGGUUGCAAGCCAUAUGUGCUUAGCGAACCCCGUACCAGAGCCCGACCCCGUUCACAGAACACACGUGAAAAUUCACGUGCCGUAUGAAGUACACACCCUACAUCAUCACCAUGUCGAAACAGUUCCUGUAAUCAAGGAGGUCCCCAUCGUCAAACACGUACCCAUCAUCAAAGAAGUUCCUAUCAUCAAGACCUUGCCCGUGGUACAAACUGUGCAUGUACCUGUUCACCACACCGUACACGUUGAGAAACCAGUCUUCGUGCCAGUGAAAGAACAUAUUUCGUUCUCAUCGUGGCAUUAAUUGGUUUUAAUUAAGUUGUAGAAAUAAUGGGUAGUAAAUCUUUGAAAAUUGUAAAAAAAAAAAACUGUAUCCGUAGUUUUUGAAUUAUUCG